UGUCUGUCGUUCUCUUGGCUCCACACUCAGCGACAAAUGACGUCGAGGCCCAUUCACAUCCACUCUGCAUAUACUGUAACUCCUACUACUAGGCUAGAUGUACAGGCCUGCCAUGCACUCCCUCCUCAGGGCACGGGCCCUUCACGCACGAACCAUCAGGCCUCAAAGUCUACUUCUCAGGAAAGUAGCCCCGGCGAUCAGCCUCCAGCAGCGUCUUGCAUCCUCGGAUAUAUUCAAGGGCUUCAAUCGUGAUGAGAAGAAGGUCACCAGCACGUCAACUACCACACCCAUCACUACAGGAACGCAUGCAGAGCAGCGUUCACCCAUUGUGCCUCCCGAGGGACCGGCCACCUCGCAGUUGAUUCGAGAGAUCAAGCAGGUCGGGCAAGCCAUCGAUGGUAUUCCCAUUCCGACCUUGCAGGUGGGAUUGGCAGGCACAUUGCCAUACCUAGGCACGGCGAUUGGGUCGCUGUAUCUCUCUUGGACGGCUGCCAAGUGGAGUCAAGACUUUACGGGUGCCUUUUCCGAGAAGUUUGUCUUUUUCACUGCUGAACAGGCCGAGUACCUCUUGCCACACCUACAGCACAUCCAAGUAGGUUAUGGCGCUUGCUUGAUUUCCUUUAUUGGAGCUAUUCAUUGGGGGUUUGAAUUUGCCGGUUAUGGUGGUCACACGGGCUACCGACGUCUCCUGUACGCAGCCGUGCCCUCCCUCGUGGCAUGGACCUCCAUCAUGCUGCCUGUAGACUAUGCCCUCGUUACGCACUUUCUCGGCUUCACAGGAUUAUGGUUUGCUGAUUCGGCUGCAGCUCGACGUGGCUUUGCACCGGCCUGGUAUAUUCAGUACCGUUUCCUGCUGACUUUUAUUGUCUGCUCCAGUAUCCUGCUCACACUGAUCGUCUCGGGUUGGCUUGGUGACCCAGCUCAGGCAACUGCUCACUCAAGCAGACUCGAGAAUUUGAGGGAGGAGCAGCAAAAGCAAUACAUUCAGGAUGAGAAUGCUGCAGCCGCUUCUCGCAAGAAGCAGAGCAAGCGUCAGGGAGAUAGUCAGGAAGACUUGACUGAGAAAGUCAAGGCUGAGCAAAAAGCAGAGAAGAAGGAUGCAAAGCGACUGAAGGGCGAAUCGGAGGAGAAGGAUGUUAAGAAAGCCAACGCAAAGGAUGAGGAUGCAGUCGAUGGCGUUGAGGCAGCCAAAAACCAGGCUGGCGGGACGAACAAGGUCACCAGUAAGGACGACCAGGACAAGAAGGCCACAGAGGGUAAAGCAGCAACAGCUUCUGCUGAUAAGAAGAAGUAAGUUUGUAUUUGUAUUGAUCUCAUAUUUACGUUGACGAAAUUGCCUA